AAGCAAUGAGGAGGUACAGCCCCCAGUACCGGAGCCCCCCAAGGAGGGGAUAUGGUGGCAGAGGUAGAAGUCCCCCAAGGAGGGGAUAUGGAGGACGGAGGGAGCAGGGUUCAGGAAGCCUCUUGGUCCGCAACAUCCCAUUAAGCUGCAGGCCGGAGGAUCUUAGAGUUCCUUUUGAAAGGUUUGGUCCUGUUCGGGAUGUGUACCUGCCAAAGGAUUAUUACACCAGGGAGCCCCGAGGGUUUGCAUUUGUGGAGUUUGUUGACCCUUAUGAUGCAUCUGAUGCACAGUAUCACUUGAACCGCACAUUAUUUUUUGGCCGAGAGAUAACUGAUGUUGUUGCUGCCGAGUCACGGAAAAGGCCAGAUGAUAUGCGUAAUAGAGCUAGAGUCAGGGGGUAUUCUGGUGAACCUGAAAGGCGUAAUUCUUGUUAUGGGAGGUCCCGAUCCCGUUCACGCUCCUACUCUCCUCGCUAUCGUGGCCGUCCUCGGUCAAGGUCAAGGUCAUACUCUCCUGCUCCAAGACGGCGAGAUGAUUACUCUGCUUCCCCACCAAGAUCACAUCACACACAUUCUCCUAGGCGUCUGCCAAAGGGACAUGAAGAAGACGAGCGGAGAUCCUAUUCUCCUGCUGGUAGAGGUGGCGGUGAGCGUGAUGCUGAUACUAAUGGAAAGUCCCAGCCACACCCACCUCUCGGAUGGCGCGAGGUAGGGGCAGCAGCCAUCCUCGGGAGUCGCGAGGACUUCCCUCCUGCAUCUCCUCUCAUGUCCUUCCGCGCAAAGGUCUGGUGGGCCGACGACGAGAGGCAGGGACAACAGCCGCCGGAUUUUCCCUCCUGCAGUCCUGCAUCUUGUCUCAGUCAUGUUCUCCAGAGCAGAGGUCUGGAGUGA